CGUUGCGAAAAUUGCGUCGCCGAUUCAGAGUCAAAGCCGUGACAUCGGAACCGGAAGCUGUGAAUUUAAAGCCCUUUUUGACCGUAAUACUUGAAAAUAUUAAGCGGGUACUUCUGCUAACUUGCCAACGAAAACACAAUUCCAGUUAAUUUCCACUCGUAUUGGCUUACAUGUAUAUCCAUGUGUCUCUGACAGAUUGAGAUCAGUGUCUGUCAGUGUUUUUGCCAAGAUGAAGAGAGCCGAAGAGGAAAUGGAGAGUGAAUCGGACUCUGGGAAAAACAAGAACAAGAAGGCAAAGGUGGAUAUUAUCAACAUAUCCUCUCAGAAUGUGAUAACCCAGAUGAUGGACAUUGCUCUCCCGUUAUCCAAUCUAAAGAAAAUGCUUGGACAGAGACUACAGUGUAAACUAGAUGAGCAUGAAAUUUACCUUCAAAACACAGCUACUCUGAUUGAGGAUAAGAGUUUGUUGGAGCAAGGUAUCUCAGCAGAGGGAGUGGUCCAGUUUAGUGUUCAGGUCAUUUCUAAUCAGGGGGUGAAGCCUCGGUUAAACAUCGUUGACAUUGUGAAACCCAUCAUUGAAACAGUGGAGGUACCCAUGAUUGCAGAGGUUCCAGUCGAGAGCAUGGAGGAUGACAGCCUGAAGCUGGUAGAUGGCGCUGUAGGGGACGAAGUAGAAGAAGAACAGGUGACGAGAUGGAUCGUUUGCAGUAACUAUAGAGAUGAACAGGAUAAGUUCAAUAUCCCUUAUGAUCCACAACUUUGGACAGAAGACCAAACAUUACACUGGUUAUUAUGGGCUGCAGGAGAGUUUGCUACCGAAUCUGCAGAUCAUGUUAAGAACAUCAUCAUGACGGGGAGUAAGAUGUGCUGUCUCACGAAGAAAGAAUUCUGCGAUCUGUUCCCCAAAGAAUCUGCCGAUCUGUUCUGGACUCAUCUAGAGCUUAUGAGGAGUACUGUUGAUCAGUGUGGAUCUACGUCGAUGGCUAUUGCAGCGGAAGAAUCUGUCACUGAAACGGUAAACGGUUCCCUUCCUGCCAAAGCACCCUCAUCAAAGCGCCCUCGUGCGGUAUCGAGAAGUAGCAGUACAGACGACAAAUUCUCACCUGGAAACAGGACAGGUAACAAUGGUCAGAUUCAACUAUGGCAGUUCUUAUUAGAGCUGUUGACAGACAAGGAUGCCAUGGAUUGCAUCUCGUGGGUUGGGGCCGACGGGGAGUUCAGACUCAACGAUCCGGAGCGUGUCGCACAGAAGUGGGGAGAGAGGAAGAACAAACCGUCCAUGAACUAUGAGAAGCUCAGCAGAGCAUUAAGGUAUUACUAUGAUGGUGACAUGAUAGCCAAGGUCCAUGGUCAGAGGUUUGUCUACAAAUUUGUCUGUGAUCUUAGGAGCCUUAUGGGAUACUCGGCAGCAGAACUCAAUAAACUAGUCAAUGAAUGUCGACAAACUAAGUUAAGUCAUGCCAGCAGUGAUGACUUGGUGCAAAACACUGUGACGAUAUCAACUGCAUAGCAGUAGGAAUGGUCUUUUGGUGAACUUUAAUGGCUUUUUAUCUGUGAUCUUUGGAGCCUUAAGGAUACUUGGCAGUGUAACUCGUUAAAGUAGUCAAGGAAUGUCAACAAACUAAGUUAAGUCAUGCCAGCAGUAAUGACCUGGUUCAGAACAUUGACGAUAUCAACUGCAUAGCAGUAGGAAUGGUCGGCGGAAAUCAAUAAACUAGUCAAGGAAUGU